AUGCAAGAUAAUCCAAUUGUUCAAUAUAUUUUAGUAAAUAAGGAAAUUUUGGAUAAAAAAUGGCCUCUUGGGUCUGUCAUAGCACAGGGCUGUCAUGCAUGUGUUGCAGUAAUAGCUGAAAAUAUGGACGAUAGUAUCGUAAAGGAAUAUUUAUCACCGGAAAAAAUAAACGCCAUGCACAAAGUUAUAUUAAGAGUCGAUAGUACAGACGAAUUGAAAAACUUAUCAGAAACCCUAGAUAAAAAUCAAUUGAAAUAUAGAAUCUGGGCUGAACAGCCAGAAAAUAUUUUAACAGCAAUUGCAAUAAAACCAUAUUACAAAAACAGUAUAAAGGAUUAUUUUAAAAAAUACGCAUUAUUAAAAAAGUUUUAA